UUACUAAUUAUAUUUGCGUAAGAAGAAAGGACCCAAACAUAUGAUUUUCAAUUUUUAUUUUGUCAUUUCUUCUAUGUAAUUCUUUGUUCUUAGUAUUACACAAUAAUAGUUGAUAUAAGGUUUAUGUCAACGUCGACUGUUUAUUUGCUCUGUGGUUUUGCCAGACUGACUAUUUGACGGACGUCAUCUCGUGUGCUGUUAGUGAAAAAUAAUUCUAGUCGCUCUUAAACAAGGAUUAUUCAAGAUGAAUUGGAAUCUCAAUUACGGCGAAUUAGCAGAGAAUGUAGAUUUUGUUAAUAAAUGUGAGAAUCUGAAGGAAAAUUUGAAGGACAUACAAACAGUUCUAGACAAGUUGCUUCCAUUAAAGCAACAGUACGAUAAAAUGUCUCUUCCCGCUCAAAUUGAGCUAGAUUUAUUCUUAGCCUUCACAUUGAAUUCAUUACAUUGGAUCAAUUUACGAAUACAAGGCGAAGAUCCAACAAAACAUCCUAUAAAAGAUGAACUUCAAAGAAUAAAAACAGUCAUGUUAAAAUGGAAAGAAGUGAAAGAUCGCGACAAACGGCCUACCGUGGACAUUGAGGCGGCGAAACGAUUCGUGAGAAGUGGUCUAUAUGAUCCCUACCGAGCUACUGCUUUACCUCCAAACAAAAAAAUGAAAUUUAAUGAUGAUGAAAAUUAAUAAUUAAUGUUUAUAUCACAUGUAAGACUGAGCAUACUAAUUUAAAUUUUAGUAUUGUAAUAUCACAUUAUGUCUUACUAUAUAAACUCUCACCUUAUUCUUAUUUUUUAAUUUAAAUUUGAGGUAUUUGCACAUUUAGGAAUUUUUAAGGGUCAUUUUGUAUACACAAAAAUAAACAUAUGUUCUGUAUUAUAAGUUUGCAUGUAUUAAAACAAUAAAUUGUCUAAA